AUGAUGACCAUGAACAGCAAGCAGCCUUUCACCAUGCACCCUGCGCUACAUGAGCACAAGUAUCCCGGGCUCCACCACUCCAGCUCGGAGGCCAUGCGUAGAGUCUGCCUGCCGGCCCCACAGCUCCAGGGCAGUAUAUUCAGCGGCUUUGAUGAGAGUCUGCUGGCCCGCGCCGAAGCUUUGGCGGCUGUUGACAUUGUCUCUCACGGAAAGAGCCAUCAUUUUAAGCCCGACGUGACCUACCAUACCAUGAGUAGUGUCCCCUGCACCUCUACCUCCUCCACAGUGCCCAUAUCUCACCCUUCAACCUUGACCUCCCAUCACAUCCAUCAAAGCUUGGAAGGAGACCUCCUGGACCACAUCUCGUCGAGUCUGUCGAUGAGCGGGAUGGGAGCUCCGGAUCCAUCCAUGAUGACAACGCAAACCCAUCAGCAUCACCUUCAGACCAUGGGCCACCUUCAUCAGGCCGUGGGAAUGGGACACCCGCACUCUCUCUCCGCGGCCAACGGGAUGGCUUGCAUUAACAGUGUAGAAUCGGAUCCACGGGAGCUGGAAGCGUUUGCCGAACGGUUUAAACAAAGGCGAAUCAAGCUCGGUGUCACGCAGGCAGACGUCGGUUCUGCUCUAGCCAACCUGAAGAUACCCGGCGUGGGUUCGCUUAGCCAGAGCACCAUCUGUAGGUUCGAGUCGCUCACGCUGUCACACAAUAACAUGAUUGCUCUCAAACCCGUCCUUCAGGCUUGGUUGGAAGAGGCAGAGGCGGAAUUUCGUGAGAAAAACAGCAAGCCGGACAUUUUUAGCGGCAACGAAAGGAAGCGAAAGCGUACGUCAAUUGCCGCGCCAGAAAAGCGGUCUUUGGAGGCGUAUUUCGCAAUCCAGCCUCGUCCGUCCUCGGAAAAAAUCGCCGCCAUCGCCGAGAAGUUGGAUCUUAAAAAGAACGUUGUUCGCGUUUGGUUUUGUAACCAAAGACAGAAACAAAAAAGGAUGAAAUACUCGGCAGUGCACUAG